UGCCGCGGCCGGCCGGGCGGGGGUCCGGUGUUUUCGGAGUCAUGGAGGCGCUGAUUCCUGUCAUCAACAAGCUCCAGGAUGUCUUCAACACGGUGGGCGCCGACAUCAUCCAGCUGCCUCAGAUCGUCGUGGUGGGGACGCAGAGCAGUGGGAAGAGUUCUGUGCUGGAAAGCCUAGUGGGGAGGGACCUGCUGCCCAGAGGCACUGGCAUUGUCACCCGGAGGCCUCUCAUUCUGCAGCUGGUCCACGUGUCACCAGAAGACAAACGAAAAACAAGCGGAGAAGAAAAUGACCCUGCUACAUGGAAAAACUCGAGACACCUUUCUAAAGGGGUAGAAGCAGAAGAAUGGGGUAAAUUUCUUCACACCAAAAAUAAGCUUUACACAGAUUUUGAUGAAAUUCGACAAGAAAUUGAAAAUGAAACAGAAAGAAUUUCAGGAAAUAAUAAGGGAGUAAGCCCUGAACCAAUUCAUCUUAAGAUCUUUUCACCCAACGUUGUCAAUUUGACACUUGUGGAUUUGCCAGGAAUGACCAAGGUGCCUGUAGGUGAUCAACCUAAGGAUAUUGAGCUUCAGAUCCGAGAGCUCAUUCUUCGUUUCAUCAGCAAUCCCAAUUCCAUUAUUCUCGCUGUCACUGCUGCUAAUACAGAUAUGGCGACAUCAGAGGCCCUGAAAAUUUCAAGAGAGGUAGAUCCAGACGGUCGCAGAACCCUAGCUGUAAUCACUAAACUUGAUCUCAUGGAUGCAGGCACUGAUGCCAUGGAUGUAUUGAUGGGAAGGGUUAUUCCGGUUAAACUUGGAAUAAUUGGAGUAGUAAACAGGAGCCAGCUAGACAUUAACAAUAAGAAGAGUGUAACUGACUCAAUCCGUGAUGAAUAUGCUUUUCUUCAAAAGAAAUACCCGUCUCUGGCCAAUAGAAACGGGACAAAGUAUCUUGCCAGGACUCUGAACAGGCUGCUGAUGCAUCACAUCCGAGAUUGCUUGCCAGAGCUGAAAACAAGAAUAAACGUUCUAGCUGCUCAGUACCAGUCUCUCCUGAACAGCUAUGGGGAGCCUGUGGAUGACAAAAGUGCUACUUUACUCCAGCUUAUUACCAAAUUUGCCACAGAAUACUGUAACACUAUUGAAGGAACAGCAAAAUAUAUUGAAACUUCAGAGCUAUGUGGUGGUGCUAGAAUUUGUUAUAUCUUCCAUGAGACUUUUGGGCGAACCUUAGAAUCUGUUGACCCACUGGGUGGCCUUAACACUAUUGACAUUUUGACUGCGAUCAGAAAUGCUACUGGUCCUCGUCCUGCUUUGUUUGUGCCUGAAGUUUCCUUUGAGUUGCUGGUCAAGCGGCAGAUCAAGCGUCUGGAGGAGCCCAGCCUGCGCUGCGUGGAGCUGGUCCACGAGGAGAUGCAGCGGAUCAUCCAGCACUGCAGCAACUACAGCACGCAGGAACUGCUGCGGUUUCCUAAACUUCAUGAUGCCAUCGUUGAAGUGGUGACUUGUCUUCUGCGUAAGAGGCUGCCUGUUACAAAUGAAAUGGUCCAUAACUUAGUGGCAAUCGAGCUGGCUUAUAUCAACACAAAACAUCCCGACUUUGCCGAUGCUUGUGGGCUGAUGAACAAUAACAUAGAGGAACAAAGGAGAAACAGACUAGCCAGAGAAUUACCUUCAGCUGUAUCACGAGACAAGUCUUCUAAAGUUCCAAGUGCUUUGGCACCUGCCUCCCAGGAGCCCUCCCCUGCUGCUUGUGCUGAGGCUGAUGGCAAGUUAAUUCAGGACAGCAGAAGAGAAACUAAAAAUGUUGCAACUGGCGGUGGUGGGGUUGGAGACAGUGCUCAAGAACCAACAACAGGCAACUGGCGGGGAAUGCUGAAAACCUCAAAAGCUGAAGAAUUAUUAGCUGAAGAAAAAUCAAAACCAAUUCCCAUUAUGCCAGCCAGUCCACAGAAAGGCCACGCUGUCAAUCUGCUGGACGUGCCGGUUCCUGUUGCACGAAAACUCUCUGCCCGCGAACAGCGAGACUGUGAGGUUAUUGAACGACUCAUCAAAUCCUAUUUUCUUAUUGUCAGGAAGAAUAUUCAAGACAGCGUGCCAAAGGCAGUAAUGCAUUUUUUGGUGAAUCAUGUGAAAGACACUCUUCAGAGUGAGUUAGUAGGACAGCUGUACAAAUCCUCCUUAUUGGAUGAUCUGCUGACUGAAUCCGAGGACAUGGCACAGCGCAGGAAAGAAGCAGCUGACAUGCUGAAGGCAUUACAAGGAGCCAGUCAGAUUAUUGCUGAAAUCCGAGAGACUCACCUUUGGUGAAGAGGACUAUCUAAUAGAGACUGCUGAUAGGAAACUCGCUGGUUACUGCCUGCUGGAGUAGAAUUUUAUUUAUGAACUCCUGUGAUUACAGUGGUACGAGUCUGCUCAUUGUAAAGACUGGCUAUAAACUGAAGCGUAUACUGUGUACUGCAGAACAAAUCACACAUUUAAUCCACAUAAUAAAUGGCUGUUUCUAAAGUUUUCCAGUACAUACAAACACAUCAAGUCGUCUUACUGCAGUUUUUCUUUGAACUUAGAAGGAACUGUCGUGUCUAGCUGUGCAGUUUGCCUGUGGUGAGAUGACCUUGUAGCCUGUGUGCGUAGACUAAAGCUGUGCCGCCGUCUCUGCCGAGGAAGGGCACCGAGACCACCCUGCACAGCACCGCACUGCAUGCACUCUCGGCGGCCUGGCAGUCCAGCCCCUCACCUAGAUGACUGCAUUCCACCCGCUCUCCCCUCUGCAGUCCAGCCGAGCUUCUCUGCAGCCCUCGACACGUCAGGGAGGAAGUGGCGUGCAGCUAGUCACGGAGCCCUUCUAUUCCUGGGUCUGCACGGCCCUAGUGCGUUACAAAUCAAAGUGUUUUAUUUUUACUUAAACCUGGAAUCUGAGUAAGAAUCCCAGCGCCCUGCAUUAGCAACAAAGCUCGGUACCUGACCCAGUGACCGACCUGCUUCCACCUUAGUUCGCACUGCAUGAGAUCCUGACGCCAAGGACCACUGUGUUCUGACUUCCUUGCCUUGCAGCAUAAAAACACGCGGAAACACGUGCUCUCCUAAAGGCUGGGGUGGGGGGACGACUGAGGUUUAGAACGUGAACAUUUGAAGAAAAGUCCCCAGGCAAUUCUUGGGAUGAACCACAUUACACAUUUUAAGAUAGGAUCGAAUCGCUAAGAUACCUAGUUCCAUGUUGUGCCAACAGUUAACACGUUAAAUUAUAUACUACAGACUGAACAAAAGAACCCCAGUCUGUCUGAUACAGGAUAUGGUACUACUUUGAUCUGUUAACAGUACCAUCCUGAGAACACAUGGUAAAACGUGUUUGUUGGAACACUGAAUCUGUCAUCAUCCCCCAUCAGUUCUGAAGUUACAGCCAUCUACGAUUUACUUUAGCUAACUGAUCAGAUGACUUCCAUUCUAGCCUUUCAAAUUUCUAAGGGAAAACACUUGUAACGCACCUUUCUCCAGCAUAUCAAACAGAUCACAGAUUGAAAAUGUCAGCUUCAAAGACAUGCUGUGGUAAUUACUUGCUAGUACUACACACUUUGUACAAAGUAAAACAGGCAAGAAACUUAAGGAAAGAGUAAACCUUCCUGCGUGAAGUUCUGGAAUGUAGAGAUAAUCUCUGGAUUUUCCUGUAUGUUCUUGCUGUGUAAAUAAAAUUGUUGGUAUGAAAUGACA